CUUUGACGCGGUUUCUUUGUGAGUUUGGCUCUUCUUUAGUUUCCACUUUGGGUUCUUUCGCUUCUUUGAGUGUGUGCGCGUGUGUGUAGAGAGAGAGAGAGAGAUGGGUAUCUCAGCAAAGGCGAAGAGCGGCAGUGAUGGCUGGGGUUUGGGGUUUCUUUUAGUUUUCUUUCCUGAAGAGGACAACGACGAUGACAAGAACGUUGACAAGAAGAGGCGGCUUUCAUUCUCAUCUUCUUCGUCUUCAUCAUCCUCAAGGUCAACAAGUAGCAGAUGCAGUAGAAGCAACCUUCUCAUCAGUAGAGCCCAAUCUACUUUCUCAAUUUGUGCUCUUCUCCUCUUCGUCUCUCUUCUUCUUUUCACUCUCUGUACUUUCGAACCUACCUCCACCAAUUCUGCAUUCCCACGAAGAUGGCUUUCUCAGGAUUCGAGAAACUCCAAAAUUAAGUCCAAGAGAUAUUCUUCUUCUUCUUCCUCGAACUGGGUUUCCAAGAUUUGGGAGAGAAACAGUGAUUCGAGACCAAUUUCAAGUGUUGCUUUGCAGGGGAUGGGUACUCUGUUCAGGAGAGGAACCCAAGCAAUGAGUGAUCUUCUUGUAGCGCAUUUAGACGAGGACACUACAGACGAUGAGCUUCGCUUGUUUCUCAGGACUUUACAUCGUUCGGGUCUUACUGCGAGAUCAGAUGUUGUGCUCAUCUUCCCAUCUUCAAUUCCUUCAAAUUCCACUUCUGUAAUUCAGGAAGAAAACGAUUCCUUCUUGAAACUCGUUCGCCUUCACAGAGAAAGCAACAAUUCGGCUAGCCUGGACACGGGUUUCGAUGUGACCCACUUCGUGAAAUCAAAUUCAGGUGACCGACAGGAACAGCAGCCAUUGUGGGGGAGGCGAAUUCAUGGAAACUGGAGCGAAGCAGAGGGAGGUGGCGGAGAAGACGAGUUCACUGAGUUGAGGUGGGGUUCGGUAGUGGGUUUCGAGUCCACAGAACUUGACCCAGAGAACUCGCUCGCCGGGUUCUUAGAUCACGUUCCAAUGAGCCUAAGGAGGUGGGCUACUUAUCCAAUGCUUCUCGGGCGAGUUCGGCGCAACUUCAAACACCUUAUGUUGGUGGACAUCAAAAACGUGGUGGUGCUCGGAGAUGCACUCGCCCGAGCCAGGAGUCGAAGCGCCGAGUCGGUGUAUUUAUGGACGACAACGGAGACUGCGCAUAGAGGACACGGCCGGAAAAACUCAGACAAAACUCAGUCUCGCAACCAGAGCGAGUCAAAACAAUUGAACCCGGCAGCGAUCGUAGGCGGAGCUCGUGGUGUAAGACGCUUAUCGAACGCAGUGUUGACGGAGAUCGUUCGAGCUGUAAUCCAACACAAAAGUAGAAGCAAGGGGAAGAGUUCGGUAUCCGAGUCGGCAAUCUUGAACCAACUCGUUCAGAACAGUUCAUUGUUGAAGAACAUAGAGGUAAUGACAGCUACCGAGUCCAUUCCCGAUCCGAGUUGGUUCGUGAGUCGAAAGUCUAAUUCCUCUGAAUUUUCGAAAUCAUCGAAUUAUCCUUUAGUUCAUCGUGGGAAUAAUAAUCUUUUAAAUCUUCAUUCAAUUCUUCGUAAAGAAAUAUGUUCAUUCGUUGAAGACUCUUCUGUUUAUAGAGAUUGUUCACAGUAAAUACAAAUUUUGAAGAACUCUAGUAGAAAUAUAGUUAUUUAAUUUUAUUUUCUCCCUUCCCUCUACCACCCCCACACUUGUAAUCAAUACAAUUGUUAGAGAAUUAAGAUAACCUUUGUAGCUCUAUUUCAAUAAAAAGAGAUUCUUGUUCUUCUUC